AUGGAAUGACCUUUUCCAUCAGAUCUAGACUACCAGAUUUGUUGAGAGGCCAUUAACUCCCAAGAGGUAAUUUGGGUUUAGUAUUACCAUUUUCUGGAUUUUAGCUCUAUUAUCAAGGAGACUUUCCCCUGAAAUUGGGUUUCAUCCAAGCUCUUGGCUCUUCAGUGUGUUUUCCUUAAAUAAUUUUGUCAAACAAAUCACCACCUCCGGUCUUCAGCAGAAUGUAAGAAUACCACCACUUACUACACUAAGAAAUACAUGUGAAAUUAUUGUGUACUUACAUGCAUCAUUGUUUUUAUUAAGCACUCAGUAUGUGUUCAGUGCAGUAUAAACAUUAAACAAGAUUAUUCUUCCCCUGCUGAAUUUAUAGCCAGAAAGAGCUUCAUAGGAAGGAGCAGUAAUAACAUACCAUUAAAACAGCACCUUUAAUUUAAUCCCUUUUUGUCUCCCUGUGGUUAAUACUCAUUUGCUGUUGAUCAUGACCGGUGUAUCCUGGCAUGUCACGCAGGGCUGUUUUAUGACAUUACAGCCCCCAGUUGCCCACUCUCCCCCCUCUGUAGGAGGUUCUUGUUGAGCAUGAGUGGAAGAAGAGAGCAUAUGUCUGUGUUUCAGCUGCUGCCGUGCAAAGCCCAGCAGCAUAGCUGAAACCCACCUUUGAUGGCACUCUGCACUGAGACCUUGGUGGUUUUAUCAAAGCACAGUUUCCUUUUGCCACCUCGGCCUCCUGUAAGGACAGCUGGAAAUACUAACGUCUUCAACAGCUGCAGCAAGAUUCUCUGAAGCUCGUGUGUUAAAGCCGUGAGAGAUGAGACAUUGCAAGAUGCAAAUGCAAACAGGGGCAUCCAAUUUUCACUGAUGUCUGUUGGAUUUAGGUGCCUAAUUUACUUUUAUAUCUUUAUAGUAGCAUCAUUUUAGGGGAGAAUUCUGUAGCCAAUGGGAUUUUUUUAAGAGAUCGGAACUUUCCUGGGCAGAGCACAUCAGACGGCUUGGACCGUAAAAGGAACUGAUACUCCCCAAGGGAAGCAGGACUCUUGAACUGAAGGAGUCGACAGGUUAGGAUUUGACUAUGGCGGUGCAGUUCCUGUGGAAGGCAUCUGUGUGGCUAAAGAAGCGCAAGAUCACUUUGUUGGCCGUUUCUUGCAUGGGACUGUUUGGCGCUAACCUUUCCUAUCACAUGUUUCCUGAGCGGACAUUCAAACUGUUGCAUGAGUGCUGGUCAGAGGGGCAGCCAGCUGAGCUGUCGCAGAAGCUCUGUGGUGUCUUUCAGGAUGUCCUUCAAGAUACUGGUGUGAAGUCCACUGACUCCUAUCGAGCCUUUGCAGCUUCUGGCUUCCACCCUGUGAGUGCUGGAAUCCCCUGGCUGCCUGCGGGCUCGUUGGUGGGCAUCCCGCCUAAUUUUGAUAGCACAGCUGAGGAUAAAAAAGGAAUAGUCAACCAUGUUGUUGUGAUCAAUGGCAAGGAAGUAGACUGGGAGAGCAAUGAAGGUGUUGCUUUGAAAGAAGCUCUGACAUUUUCACUUGAAGCUCAGAAGUUUGCCAUUGCCAGAGAAAUCAUGUAUUUGCACAAUGGCAGCCCUUUAGCAAGUGCAGUUGUGGCUCCAACUUGCUUAGCUGGUACCUUUCUCUGUGCGAGAGGUAUAAAGCUACUUCUGGGUUUAUCUCCUGGCCCCGUGAUACUUCGCGGCAUCUGUAACCUCAUAACUGCCGCUGGUGGACUAAUGUGCUAUUACGUUUCUUACGAUGCUAUGACCUAUCAUCUAGACUGCAAGGCUGACAGGAAGGCAGCUACCAUUUCCAAAGACUAUGCCAGAGGUGGGGUUGAAUUCUACGAUAAAAUCUUGUCCCGCAACAGGAUUCUUCGUGGUCUGAUGGGCAAACAGGGUAUGAAAAUGUAUGCUCCGAGUGGUAACCUUUUCCCAAGGCACUGGUUCAGAAUAAAGUAUACACCGUACACUUACCGAAGAGAUUUGAUUGUUAAUAUUUUAAGAGAGCUCCAGGCAUAGGAAGGGAGUGCUUGAAUUUUAAACUUGUGAAUUAUGUAUUCUCUUGGAACACUGCUGUGCUGCUUUUUUUUUGUAUUCUCUGUAUCUUCAUUAGA